AUGGUUGUGCUGUCUGAACUUUCAAAAGGAUCUUCAUCUUCAUCAACUUUUGGUUAUAGUUCAUCAGCUCAUGGUCAUAGUUCAUCAACUGAUGGUCAUAGAUAUGAUGUAUUUUUAAGUUUUAGAGGUGUUGACACUCGUCAUAGUUUCACUGAUCACCUUCAUAAGGCCCUCAUUCAUGCCAAUAUCAAUACCUUCUUGGAUGAUGAAGAGAUUGAAACUGGGGAAGAUCUUAAACCGGAAUUAGAGAGUGCGAUCAAAGCAUCUAGGGCUUCUGUUAUCGUCUUGUCCAAGAAUUAUGCUUCUUCAACAUGGUGUCUGGAUGAAUUGGUGCUGAUCCUUGAGCAGCGUAUGACAUCCAACCAUAUUGUUAUCCCAAUAUUUUAUCAUGUGGAGCCCACACAUGUUAGGAAGCAACAAAGUAGCUUUGGAGAUGCAAUGGCUAAGCAUAAACAAACAAUGGAGGCAGAGACAAAUGCAAAUAAAAGAAUUCAGUGGGCUCAAAAAAUGGACCGAUGGAAUAAAGCACUUACAGAGGUUGCUAAUUUAAAAGGAAUUGAUGUUUAUGAAAGGCUAGAGACUGAGUUUAUUGAAGAAAUUGUGAAGGACAUCCAUCGUAGACUACGUGUACCUUUAAGGAGUGGUCAACCACUACUUAUUGGGAUGGACUAUUCCAUUAAGUUCAUAACUUCAUGGUUGGAAGAUGGAUCCUCACUUACAACAGACAUACUCACUAUUUCGGGUAUGGGAGGCAUCGGGAAGACAUCGUUAGCAAAACAUUUCUAUGGGCUAUAUUGUCUUGAAUUCCCCACAAGUAGCUAUAUUGAAGAUAUCACUAGGAAAUGUGAUGGAAAGUUUAAUGGGCUGCUUGAUUUACAAGAACAACUUUGCGGUGACAUUUUAAAAACAAGUUCAGUUAAAGUUCAUGAUGUUUCUAUUUACACCACAAAGAUAGAGAAUGCAGUAGCCCAUAAAAAGGUGUUUCUUGUUCUUGAUGAUAUUGCUAGUGUUGACCAAUUGGAUGCAUUACUUGGAAGCAAAGGUUUUCAUCCUGGAAGCAAAGUUAUUAUAACGACAAAGGACAGAUGGUUGACACAAAGUUGUGCACUAUUCAAAACAAACAUUAAACCCAAGCAUGUAGAACACUUCCUUGAAGGCUUACAUGAGACUGAAUCACAACAACUUUUUUGUUUUCAUGCAUUCAUGUGCAACCAUCCUAAGGCAGGUUAUGAAGAGGUGUCAUAUAAACUUGUGAAGUAUUGUCAAGGACAUCCAUUGGCUCUCAAAGUUUUAGGCACCUAUCUACAUAAUCGAGAUGUAGCUUAUUGGGAAGGGUGCAUAAAAGGCCUAAAGAAAGAAACAGACUCGCGAAUAAAUAAUGUCUUGAAAAUGAGCUUUGAUUCUUUGCUAUCUAAGAAUGAUAAAGACUUGUUCAAGUAUAUUGCUUGUUAUUUUGUUGGAAUAGAUAGAGAUGUUACCGAAACAAUAUUAGAGGCAUGUGAUAUAAACACAAGAUCUGGGAUCCCAAAUCUUAUUGACAGAUGCCUUCUUAGUAUAGGACAAAAUAAUGAAUUGAAGAUGCAUCAGUUGGUUCAAGAGAUGGGAAGAUACGAAGUACAUCAAGAAUCACCUGAUAAACCAUGGAAGCGAAGUCAAAUAUGGUGUAAUGAGGAGUCAUUCAGAGUGUUAAAACAAAAAAAGGGUAAGGGAAAUAUUGUAGGCCUUGCGCUUGACAUGCGGAUGCUUGAGAAGGAGAAGUUGCGUGCAUCCAAUAUAGAAUCAUUCGACAUCUGUUAUCAUAAACCACUAAGACCCCAGGAGAAGAAAAAGCUUUUACUUGGAUCGUUGAAGAUUCUUGAUUUUAGUUUCUGUGAACAACUUCGUAGUCUUGGUGACUUUGACCAACUCCCUGCACUUGAGAGGAAACUUGAAAAACUUCCAAGGAGCAUAAGCAAUUUAAAGAAGGAGUGCUCAAAAUCCAUCCAAUGGAGGGUGUUGAGGAAAGGGUAUUACAUAGCUUGGGCUGGACUAAUUUACUCCAUAACAAAAGGAUGUUUUACGAAUUUGGAAUAUUCAGCACAAUAUGCCAGUUAUCAAGAACAUAAGAAAGAGUGGUUUAGAGCUUUAUCCCGAAGGAAGCCUGACACAAUAAUUGGUGAUGAAUGUGAGGGCAGGGAGGAAUCUUCAAGGUCCAGUGUCAUCCUUUGAUAUGCUUGAGAAAGAGAGGCUACAUGAUUAUCCGAAAUUGUUUUUGGUCAAAAAAUCCUCAUUUACAAUACUUGUAUAUUUUGAUUAUGAAAAAGGGGGAAAACAAAAACAAUAUGAAUGGUUGUUGAGUUAAUCAAUACACAUGUAAGG